AUGAGGGAAUGCUUCACAAUUACAACGACAUUGCAGAAGGACCGAAUGUGCUCAUUCAAAGCAGGACCUGCCUGCCAAUUCGAUGAAGCAAAAUACACCGUACACGCUGAAGAGCUUACCUAUUCCCAACAUAAAUGCUUUUACGGUGAACAGAGUCAACACAUUGUGUGUGGCUGUCAACAGGAUCUUUGCAACGGGAACAUGACCUUUAUGCAGUCGAUGUGGGCGAAUACACAGACUAGGGAUCCAGCUAAGCACCAGUGUGUAGAAACCUACCUUCAAUCAAAAGCAAGCCUGGACGAAACAAAAGCUGAAAAUUACGACGAAGUCCUACAACAUGAACAAGGUCAACAUAGUCACAAAGAUCACUCGUGGAUAGAUCCCGAAAAGGACUUGCUCAUCUUCCUCAUUCUCUUGAUCGUGGCGAUCAUCUCUGAUACUUAUUCUGAUCCCGGUGCUGAUAUAUUGUCUGGUACUGGGUGCUAA